AUGGCGACCGAUGCUAGCCGCAUCCUCGUCGUUGCUUCCAGCCUCGAGCAGGCCACGAAUAUCGUUCAACGCAUCAAACAAAUCGACCACGCCGAUCUCCCUCCUCCCGAAUCCGAAUCUAUCCCAUGGACCAUCACCAACAAAUACUAUUCCGCCGACGUCCACUUUCACAUCGUUGCCCAACGCGAUUUCACCCCGCACUCUGCCCAGGAUGCCCUUGCCGUCAUCUACGUCUGGCAGCGCGGUGACCCUUAUGCCGAACACGUCCUCUCCCUCUCCAGAGCGAUUGCACCACAUGAUCCCGAAGUCACCCUCGCCAUCGCCCUCGGCACACACCCACCGCACCCCGACGACCCCACCGAAGGGCCCGACCAGUUCUUGGCCGAGCACGGAUUCGAAUACAUCGAUGGCGAGCGCAAUUUUUCCCCCUCCCCUUCUGCAGCUAUCCAUUUAGAUGAUGACCACGACCACGACUACGACCAUGAUCACGACCACGACCACGAUGCAGCCCCUGGCAUCUCGCGAGUCAUCGAUGCGCUCAGCACAAUCAUGUGGCCCUCGAUGGUACGAACGUCGUCUACCGCUACUACGAAACGCGCGAGUCAUACACCUACGCUACUCGACGUGCUCCCAUCAGAGGAAGACGGCCUCGCGGCGCUGCUUGCGUCCGAGCUGAUCGAAAACGGGGCCCAGACGCGCGAGAGCCGCAUGCGACGGGAGAUGGCCGAGCUCGAGCGAUGGCUCGUCGAGAACGAGGAUUUGCACGAACGAGAGGCGAUGCAGGAUAUGGACAUGGACAUGGACAUGGGAAUGCAGGGCGACGAUGAUCAUGGAAAGGUGGAAAUGCAGGUUCGAGAACAGGAUUUGGAUCAGAAGGCCUUCCACGACCCAUGGACGCGCACGGAUCUCGGCGCAACCCCGCACCAGAGCGUAACCCCAGGAUCGCUAUCUAACCCCGGCUUCGACGACGAUUUCAGUGCGUUCAUCUCUGCCCCCGCACGCCCCGCUGCCGUACCAGUACCCGCACUAAUUCCCUCCCGCAACGCGUCACUCGCCGUCCCUGGCCUCACUUACCACGCACUCCCCUCCACUUCCGAUCUGGGCGCCGAGGACGACGACGCGUUGUCUACCAUGGCCACCUUCGCGGACACUGACACCGAAGGGUACGAUGCCCUUUCAGACUUUACUGAAAGCCGCUCGCAGGAUUUCCCAAGCGAUGACAGUCAUAAUCCCCCGUCAUUCGACUUCCCUGCCUCGUUCGAUCCCGCCUCGAGGCCCUCGGUGCCGGAAAUACACCUCCCACGCGACGUCCCACGCCUCGGGGCCGGGUUCGACCUGGGCGAGAUCUUGAGCACUCUGCAGAGCGUGCGCGAGGACGUUGCAGGGAUCGGGGACGAGCGGCUCAGAAGGGAAUACAGCGCGCGGCUGGCGUCUGAUUUUGUGUUCAGCAGGAUGGGAGACGAUGGGUCGGAUAUUGGGGACGUCGAUGUGGAGCACAAGGGGGAGAAGCAUGAGGGCCACGUCGAGCCGGCGCACUGAUUGUGGGCUAGCGUGGGUGGUGACAUAGGUGUUGAAUUGCGUACUAUACAAGGGCUGCUUCGAGUUUCGCCUCUAGGAUUCCCUCGUCAACAAAAGGUUUGGUUCGAUGCAUACGUCAAAUGAUACCUUAUGGGACGCGACGUCGAGAGGCUCUUGCAUGGUGGAAGGACGCUGUGCGGCGAGCAAACAAGCCCUAUUCAUACAGAGAAUUUAGGUUCAUUGAUUCGACGCAGUAGUAGAACAGGCAACGAUACAAAUUGCAAGGCAUUCAAGUCAUGAUACAAAGGGGGGGAUAUAAGAGGCAUUUAAUAAGGAAGACUGCUCAACCCACUCCAUCAAAUCUACGCUCGCGCUUUUCCUUUUCCCUUGACAUCCCCUUCACUCGGAUCAUCGUAAUUUGCUUCAUCCUCAUCCUCAUCCUCAUCCUCAUCCUCCUCUUCCUGCGCAUUCCCCGUCAAGUCUCUGAUCCCCUCUUCCGCAAAAUUCAAGAUGCCUCCCAUAUCCAUCAUCUUCACCGCCUCCUCGGCCUCCGGCACGGGCAUCUUCCCAAGCACGCGAUUCACUCCCUCGAGCUCGCCGCCCUUGAGCGCUUCCUGGAGGUCGGGGGACAGCGCGCUGAACAGGUCCCAGCGCAUCUGCAGCGCGCGCCGCACGUCUUCGAUAUCCAUGCCCUCCGUCCCGGGGCCCUCGAGCGUGAUGUUCUCCGGCGGCGGCCCGUCCGGUACAUUGAACGAGAUCGACGUCUCUGGAUUCUCCGCAACGAGCUGGAUCUGCUCGGCGCCUGUCGUGUCCUCCUCCGCGCGGGUCGCCUCG